CGCAACUCCUCCCAGCCUUACCCUGAAAUUUCCUCUUCAACCACUUCCGCUCGUGACGACUCCCCACUUCAUCAACUUCUGUCCCGAAGCGGAUAGUAAACGAUCAUGUCUUGGGCGGGUGAGCUUCUCUUGAACAUCCACAGCUGGCGGAAUGGAACAGCAAAGAUCAAAGCCAGCUUGACGAAAGACGAGAAUCCUCUUCGCAUUGGAGUCAUCUCUGCCGCAGCCAUAAACUACGCUGCCAUCAUCGACCCAGUACAAACCCAUACCGGCGCCAUCAUCGUAGCCAUCGCCGCUCGGUCCAAGGCCAAGGCCGAAGCCCAAAUCACAAAAUAUGGCCUCGCGCCGACAUGCAAGGCGUAUGGCUCGUACGGCGAGUUGUUGGCCGACCCGGGAAUCGACGCCGUCUACAUCCCCCUCCCCAAUGGCCUACACGCUGAAUGGGCCGUCAAAGCCAUGGAGGCCGGCAAGCAUGUCUUGAUCGAGAAGCCUGUGGCGUCUAACGCCGACCAGGCCCGGCGCAUCCACGAAACCGCAACCGCCACAGGGAAAGUCGCCCUCGAGGCUUUCCAUUGGCGUUUCCAUCCGGCAGCCCAUCGUAUGCGGGAAAUCGUCGAGAGUGGCAAGUACGGCAGCGUGACUGAGAUAUCGGCCGAGUUCGGACUCCCGACGGGGAUCUUGGGUAAAGAUGACAUCCGCUUCAAUUACGAUCUAGCCGGCGGAGCCUCCAUGGACUUAGCCUAUGUCUCAUGCUUCUGCAUGUACUUUGCUGCGCCAGAUAGCACUGCCUGUGAUUUCCGCGUCCUCGAGGCCAAGCCGCGGCCGAAUCGCCUAGACAACAAGAUCGACGACAGCAUGGAAGCCCACUUCGUCAUCGAGUCACCGGGCCGCAGGCCUGUCAACUGCCAUACAUUCGCCGACUCCGCGGUCCCGCUGUUGUGGGGAUUCAUCCCCCAGAUAUGGAAGGCUACUCCUCGUAGCGUGAUUGAGUUGGAGAAGGCCAGGAUCGAAUUCGAUGGUUUCGUCCUGGCCACCUACGGCCAUUCGAUCGUGGUCAAGGAAAAGGACAUGAACGGCCGCUUGACAGGCAAGAAGCAUGCAGAAUCUUGCUAUGUCGACGGACCCCAAUGGGGAACACGGGGCAAAUCCUGGUGGACGACGUACCGCUAUCAGCUGGAAGGCUUUGUGGAUAUGGUCCGGGCGAACGAAGCAGGUCGAGAGAAGGAAUAUCAUGGGCCGUGGAUGAGCUUAGACGAGAGCACGAAGCUAAUGGAGUUGAUCGAUGCAGUCUACGAAAAGGCCGGAUUGCCCAAGCGCGGUCUGUAGUUUGGAGCAUCUUGGUGAAAUGACCCUUACCUACCAAGGCUUCUGACUUCGAAACGUGUGACGUGAAUGAGGUCUUUGCUUCUUGAAUUCGACGGAAUAUGGUCAUUCGAUGCGGUCUCCAUAUUUCAAUGUACGUUGAUAUCCUUCGGUCCUGGAAAUGAUUGGUUCGGUCUUGGUCCAUCGUUAAGAACUCGCCCUUCGCGUCAUUCUCACUAAUAUAAGAGUCUGCUCAUGCCACUC